ACAAAUAAAUAAAGAGUUACUUAUUGACAAUUUGGCAAGCUAGAAAAUGCAGAAAAUGGGUCUGGUGGAAGCGGACUGCUGCAAAUAUUUAGGGACCACUCGACUAGCAGUAGUUAUUCGUCGAUAGUCUUGAAGUGCAAACGAUUGUCUUUACAAAAAUGUAGACAGACCCGCAGUUUGAAUUAUACAGUAGUUGAAUACCAGCAGUUCAAGAUGAAGCGAAGUGAUGUUUGUUUAACACUUUGCGCGCUAUGGAUACAGGCGCUAAUUCCACUGCCAGUAACAGAAGGCUUGUCAUGCUUUACCUGUAGCAGCAAGACCAACGAAGGCUGCAAGAACGAAGACCUGAAAAGUGGACACCGGAACAAUCUUUUCUCCGAAACAUGCCCCGGAACUGAUGCUGUUUGCAUCAAACAAUCUAUUGAAGUCAAACACUACUACGAGGAGCACUACAACCGGGCCGAGCUCAAGAAAUACUACACAGCGAUGGACGAGGCUGCCGAGUGUCAUGGAAUCGGACAUAAGCCUCACACCGCCGUAACCGGCGCCCCUGGCGACAACGAGACAAGCACUAGUUCAGACGACACCCACCAGGAUGUCACUGCUGCUCCGGACUCGGCGCCCGACUCCGGAGCUCCCGCCGCUGACGCUGGUGAUUCAGCUGGAGAGGACGGUGGCGAGGCGGCCCCGGCAGCAGGAGAUGCUGCGGCCGACCCAGCUGGAGAUGCUGCAGCUGCCCCUGCCGGACGACGGCGACGUGCUGUGGCUACCAACUGUCCGAAAUACCCGAAGGCGUUUCCGGAGCCGGAGGCUCUGGUGGAGCGGUCCGACCAGCGCUGGAUCUACUCGUGCGGCAACCGCUCCGAGUGGCACCACGUCAAGGUCGGUCACUGCCACCGGCACACCGAUGGCAUCCUGGAGGAAUCCAUCUGCAUCUGUGCUGAGGAUUUGUGCAACGGGGCCACGGCUCGGCAGGCCGUGCCGUUCCUGGUGCUGGCAGUGGCCCUGGUUCAUCUGCAGCGAAUGAUCGGCUGAGGGAACCAAGUGCCACUUCAGUGGAGAUAGGAAACGUCGUUGUGAUGCUUGGGACGGCGGCAGCAUUGCCUGAGGGUUGGGUAGGAGAUGGAGGGUCGGGUUGGCCAAGUUGGGUUAAUGGGGGAAUUAUAGGAUGAGGAUUGGUCUGUGUUGAUUUCCUUGGGAUUGAUAAAGAUGGACGUAGGCUGUGAACAAAAGCAAUGCUCGUCAACUUGAUGUUAGAGACAAAAUGUAGGUAGAGAGACGUCAGCAAUUUGAUGUCUAUAGGAAUCGGAAUGUGUUUUUAAACUGUGCAUGCUUUGACAUGGCAGGGAAAUAAAAUUGAAACACAAUAUAUGUUCAGCAUCCUG